AUGCAGGGUUGCUCUCGGAGCAGUGUGUCCCUUUGCAUGCUGCUGCUAUGCCAGUGGCUCCCUGCCUACGCAGUAGACACGCCCCCUGAGCAAAAGCCAGAGGAUGCCGGUCAGGCUCUCAGGAUUCCACCUGGCGCGCGGCCAGUUCGUUUGCAAGACCUUCACUUGCCGGAGGAGAACAAGAACAUAAUGUGGACGGUGAAUCACCAGGUACCUGGCAAGGCAAGGGAGCCACCGAACUUGGUCUUUCGCUUCGACUUUCGCGAUCCGCACGAGGUGUUCAAGACUGGCCUGCAGACGCGCCAACGACAGCGCGAGGGAAAGUCUUCGAUAUUUGGAUGGGAUGUUUCUCGUCAUACCGUUGCCACUGUUGAGAAUUCGGAGACGACAAACUACAUUUCGACGACGCGACUUCCCAAGAUUGCGGAGACGUUCGGCAACAACUUGGAUUCUAGCGGUAGAUAUAGAUUUUUUGACAGCGCCGAGCUUGCCGAAGCCGAAAAGAAAAUCGGACCUGACGGCAAGGUCGACUACAAUCAUCGUCCUGUAGAUCUGGCUCAUGAUGGCGUAUCCAGCGCGGAACCUCUCGAGGGCUGGGUCUUCAUCAUCAAGCCAGAUCCAUCCUUUAUCAAUGUUUUCCAGUCUCUCGGACCGGAUGGCUAUCUAGACCCGGAGCAUAGAUCCCAGCAGGAGUUUGCAGCCAUGGAGCAGAUUUCGCCAGAUCGAAUCAUCGGUGCCUAUGACCUGCAGGAUCCGGAUAGGAUGGUGAUAUUCAACCCGACAUAUAACCAAGCCUACAAUGGCCAGCGUGCGGGAAUUGGAUACCAGCGACUUGCGCACAACAGCAACGAACAAUUGGCGGAAAUGGCUUCGAUUAUUCGCGAAGCCGCCGAGGUCGAGAGCCAAGGACUCAGGCUCGAAGCGGCAAAGCAUCCUGUGCCUAUGAAGGAAUGGAAACCGAUGCCUUUGUCUCAAUUUAUCCAGGAAUUCAACGCAUACGUUACCGUCACGGCACCUGACGCCAAAACGGAUACCGACUCGAGCCAUCAGGACCGUCCCGGCAAUGACGAGACAACUGGUAAGACCUACGCAACAGACCGCCGGCGCCCCAAUGAAGGUGCCGAGGAUGAUGGUGUGGGCGGAAAACGGAUCAAAGUCGUCUGCCCGCGCAGCCACGGAUGCGACGCACUGCGUAGCCUGGACGAGCAUGGCGCAGCGAGAGAGUUGACGCCCAUCGUCGAGGCCGUCUCGGCAAGGCACUUUGAGAUGCUCGCCCGGAAGCAUGGGCUCAAGCCCGUCGUCGAGGAUGCUUUCCAACAAUCGCUGCCGUCCUUUCGCAGCGACAGGCUGGGCUACCAUGGUGCUGCCUCUGAGUCUCACCCCCUUCCGUCUUCGUUUGGCGGCCAGGUGCUGUCCUCGGCCGGCAAAUCGCUGCAACUGCUCGGCGGAGGGCUCUAUGCCUACGGCCUGGUCGAGGUCAUGGUGAAGAAUGCCAGCACCAUAGACCGCGUUGCGGCGUUGACGUCCAUCGUGCCCAUCGUCGGCUGCGGCACCUCGAUAGCGGCCCAAGUAAGCCAAGGCAACGCCGGCGUGCCGGAACGCAUCGACGAUGCCCUAUGCGCCAUCGGCGACGUCCUGCUCCUUACCCCCUUGGCUCCUGUCGGGGAAGCGAUACACAUCUGUCGAUUCGCCGUGACCCUGACGAAAGUGCUGGAUGCGUACAUAUCGGAACCGGAGCAGGCCAGGGCAGUCCGCGAUCAAGGCUGGGAAACUUUCCUGCAAGACCACAUGUACCGAAGGCUCUCCUCCGUCGAGUUCGGCACGAAGCUGCGCUACGCUCUAGCCGUCGAGUCCUUGGCCUUGCUCUCCGACGGGGCGCAUAUGAUGGGCAUCCUUCAGGCAAGCCGGCAAGGGGCACUUCGCCAUGCCAGCAACGCCACGGUGCAAGAGCAGGCUUUGCUCGAGGACUUCUUCCGCAACGCCACCGAGCAAGUUGAAGCAAAUAUAUCCGAUGAACUGGUGCAGGGGCAGCGCCAGACGCUGCUGAACACUGUCUACAGCGUUCUGGAAAAGCAUCAGACAGCCUCGCUGCGGGCGCUGGCCGAUCAGUACAACAAGGCGUUUGUCCAAGACAAACUGGCCGGCGCCGCCGAUCGAAUCAAGAAGUUUGCUUACAACAACAAGUUGCCUCUGCCCAACCACCUCGUCGUUGCCUAUCUCAUCGGCCAGUCGCUGGGCCAGGCCACCAAGCAGGCGCCCCCAUCACCUCCAUCGCCGUCCGAGGCCAACGCGGCGCCGGUGCCCUCGCAGGCCGGCAACGUAACUACCGGUCAGAUUCACGCCCAAACGCUAAAUCUUACCGAUUACCUGCAGCGAAAGCAGCACGGCCUAGCCAAGGCGGAGAUGGAAUCCAUCUGCAUCCAGCAAGGCCAUGCCGUUACCAACCUCCUCGGCGGUCAAGGCAAAAUGGAAGAUGUUGCGAAAGCGUCGCCGAAGCUUGACCCUUCCGCGGCACUAGAUUUUCAAAUUUUAGUGGCCAUGAAGUUGGGACUUUUGUUUCAGCAUUGGAAACCUUCAAGCAACGGGAAGCUUCAACUAAUUCCCGAGUCGCUCAUGGAGAAGCCUGGAAUCAUCGGCACCGCCAUGGGCAUUGCCGAGGAAAUAGCCACGGAGCUAGUCGACGCAUACUGUGAGAUUCCUAUUUUGAAAGACCUCAUGUUGGGGUGCAAGGUUCUGUAG